AAAGUACAUCAUGCUGCAUGUCCCUGCUGCAGCCAAUCUGGCACGGACUGGAAACCCACAGCCCUGCUGAAGCCAGGCUUCUGACCACAGUAAAACUGCUGUGCUUGCCUCCUGGCAGGAGACCGUGCCUUGGCCCGGGACAGGACAGGACAGAUUUUCCUCGAGACCUCAGAUUCAGACGUUAUUGGAUGUGGGGGGCAGAGCUGCUGAUAGCUCGAGAAGAACCGCUUGUCCCUGUUUGACUCUUUUCUCAGGCGCGGAGAAGCUCUGAACAGGUGCCAGACGCCCGCUGGGUGUGCCCCUCUGGCCGGGCGUGUUGAAUCUUCACGGUGUUUUCCAGGGAACGGAUCUGGAGCUGAGCCUCCAUGGCUGACGAAUAUCAGGACGACUUCCAGGCUGUGGACACCCAGGAAGAGAACGCCUUCUGGAGGAAAGAGAUGGGGGCUCGGGUGGUGCAACAUUCCAGGUUAGCCGCCAGGACCUCCUGGGCGCUCUGGGGCCUCCUGGCCCUGAGUGCCACCGUCUUACUGGCCAUCAUCAUCGCCGUGUCUGUCAGCAAUGCCAAAAUGAGCAGGAGGAUCAUUGCUCUGGAGGGCAGCGUGGUCAACUUCAGCUCUUCUGUCAAGAAGCUGCAGGCUGGGAGAGCCACAGACCAGGAGAUUCAAGGGGAGAUCAAUAAGCUGAAGGUGUCCACACUGACCACAGAAUCCCAGCUGAGCCUUGUGGGCAGAGCGGUGACGGCUGUGAACGAACUGGACACGCUGAAGUCGAUGGUCUUCCAGGUGAACUGCAUUCUGGAUAAAAUGAAGAAGAACAUGACCACGGCAAGCUGCUGUCCAGACGGCUGGGUGUACUUCUCAGACAGCUGCUACUACAUCUCCACCGAGGGCCUGUCCUGGGAUGCGGCCAAGGAUUACUGCUCCAGCAAGUCCUCCUCACUGGUCAUCCUCAACAGCGAGCAGGAGUGGAGGUUUGUUGCUGGAAAAACCAUGCCCAGAUUUUACUGGAUCGGUCUCACGGAUGAGAGGACAGGCAAGUGGGAGUGGGUGGAUGGGACACCCUAUGUCCUGGACCGCAGGAAGUGGAGGCCGGGCCAGCCCGACGACUGGACGGACCACGGCCUGGGCGGCGGCGAGGACUGCGCCCACCUGCACCGGGACGGGCUCCUGAACGACGACCACUGCUCGCGCUCCUACUACUUCGUCUGCGAGGCCCGCGCGGGGUAGCCGUCACCCUGGCGCCCCCCUUGGGUCAGGAGAUAAAGGGGAACGCGCCAGAGCCCUCUGCCUGUCUGCUCUGACGACACGUCGUCGGAAGGCGGCGGCUGUGAAUUUUGUGUGCCUGUGAUGAUAAACCAUGUAAAAAUAAUAAUAAUAAUAAUAUUUGAUUAAGAGUUUCAACAAAACA